CGGCCCGUGUCUUGCAGCCAUCCGUGCGGCUGAGUAAAAUGGCUGUAUCUAGCGGAGCCUCGUGUUGGUUGGGUUCGCUCCCUGCCUCUACCCGGGCUCAGUAACACAACUCCCACAACAAUUUCUGUCGCUUUUUUACGCAUUGUAUGGAGCCUCCAUCAUCUCUCUAAGCCAUUUGCGGAACCGGAACCGGGGGGAUGGAAGCCGGAUUCGGUCCGGUGUAAGGGGUGGGAAUGAAUCGGCACAAGGAUAGAUGGUUCUAAACAAUUAUUUAUAUUCAAUGCUAGCUUUUGAUUGUGACUGACUCGCCGAGAGAGGGAGAGAGAGGUGGGGGGGUAUAUCAUGGCCGCUCAGGUCGCCAGCGCCGCCACUCUGAACACUAGCCCGCCUUCCGAACUCAAAAAGCCGGAUCGAGACCCCAAGGAAGACUCGGUCCAGGGGGAGAAGCAGUCAGACAAAAAGCAGCCGGGCUUGGACAGCGGAUCGCCGGGCCGGGGGGAUCUGCAGGACGGGGCCGACGGUGGAAAUGCAGGGGGAGGAGGGGAACCUGAGAUGAAGAACGGGAAUGGGAACCCGCCCAGGGCCAACAAUAAUUCCCAGAAUGACUCUAUCGGACCGGAGGGAAAUAACCACCCCGGUUUGGUGCAUCACCACGGCCCCGCUUUCCCUCCACCUUCGUACGGAUACAGUCACUACGGUCGGGCCCCUAUUCAUCAACAUGGCGGACAACAAAGCCCUGGCAUGGCAGCUGCUGCGGGUCCGGUCGUGCAGUCGAGCAACAUGAUGGACCCGUAUCAACCCAAUUCGCACGACCAUGGCUUUUCAAACCACCAGUUUAAUAAUUACAACCCAUUCCCGAACAGGACUCCUUAUCCGGGCCAAGCGUACGCCAUGAACUCGCCUCGCAGUGCCCAGGCGCCGACAGCUGGGGGGCAGCCAGCUAAGCAGCAGCCUCCAGCGGGAGGACCCACGGCAAUGGCUGGAUCUUACAGUAACCAGAGAUAUAACAUUGGAAACCCUCAGCCCACGUCCACGCCGACUCUCAACAAGCUCCUGACCUCCCCCAGCUCUACGCGGGGAUAUCCAAACUACCCGUCUAGCGACUACAGCAGCCAAGAGGGAGCUAGUAAGGGACCAGCAGACAUGGGCAGUAGCGGCGGUCAGUACGGAGGGAGCAACCCGGGUUGGCAACAAAGGAGCCAUCACCCGUCGCCCAUGAGCCCGGGAAGUGCCGGGCAGCCGCUAGUUAGAAACCAGCCACCUGGUCCCAUCGACCCAAUGGCAAAAAUGAGGGGUCAGCCAUAUGCGACGGGCGGUCCAUACGUUCAGCAGUCACAGCAGGGGCCUCCUACAGGUCCACAACAGGGCCCUGGUUACCCUGGCCAGGGUUACGGUCCACCGGGUCCCCAGAGAUACCCAGUGGGAAUGCAAGGACGUACUCCUGCAGGCAUGGGCGGCAUGCCGUACGGUUCACAGAUGGGAUCUUAUGGACAGCAGGGACCAGGAGGUUAUGGCUCUCAGGGCCAGGCGCCAUAUUACGGCCAGCCGGGCCAAGGUCCUCACCCAAGUCAGCAGCAACCCCCCUACGCUCAGCCCCCGCCCGGGCAACCCGGUGGACAGACACCGUACCCGGGGCAACCCCACCUUCCGCCAAAUUCUGCUCCUCACACCCAGGGAGGACCACCCUAUCAGCAGCCCCACAUGCCCCCACAGUCCCAGGGGCCACUGCCAGGCCCGCCCCAGGGGCCCCAACAGUCCCAGCCACCGUAUUCUCAAGCCUCGGCCCCGCCGUCUGGCCAGUCUCCCUACGCUCAGCAGCAGGGUCCUCCCAGUCAGGCCCCGCAGCAGCCAAGUUCUCAAUCCACCCCUGGAUCACAGGGCCCGUCCAGCUACCCGGGGUCCACGCAGGGGCCCCAGCAGCCCCCCUCGCAGCAACAGCAGUCGCAGUCCCACCCGCAGCAGCCGCCCGGACACAGCCAACACUCACAGGGGCAGCCGGCGGUUUACCCCCCGAACCCUCAGCAGCAACAAGCACAACAGUCACCUUAUCAGCGCUUUCCUCCUCCUCCUCAACAGCAGGAGGUUUCCCAGGACUCAUUUCAGUCCAAUGCCCCUCCAUCCAGCCAGCCUAAAUCUGGCCCAGAGGACGGUCAAGGCCGCCCUUCCAGCCUUCCGGACCUGUCAGGGUCCAUCGAUGACCUGCCCACGGGCGCGGAGGGUGCUCUGAGUCCCGGCGUGAGCACGUCAGGCGUGUCGAGCAGCCAGGGCGAGCAGAGCAACCCUGCUCAGUCGCCCUUCUCUCCUCACACGUCCCCCCACCUGCCAGGCAUCCGAGGGCCUUCACCUUCCCCAGCUGGCUCCCCUGCCAGCGCUGGCACGCCCCGCACAGGACCGCUGUCACCCGCCAACAUGCCAGGGACCCAAAUGCCUCCCAGGCCAUCAAGCGUGCAGUCAGACGGGAGCUUGCACCCUGCAAUGAGCCAGUCUCCUAUGGCCCAGGACAGAGGGUUUAUGCAGAGAAACCCCCAGAUGCCCACUUACGGCUCCCCCCAGUCAGCCUCUGCACUGUCGCCGCGCCAGUCCUCUGGAGGACAGAUGCAUCCUGGGAUGGCCCCGUAUCAGCAGAACAACUCCAUGGCCGGCUACGGACAACAGGGAGCGCAAUAUGGUCCCCAAGGUUAUCCCCGGCAACCUGGCUAUGGCAACAUGCCCAAUUCCAACUACCCCGGGCCAGGCAUGGGCUCAAUGAACCCCAUGGCCGGGCAGGGUGGAGGGCCGCCGUACGCAGGCAUUCCUCCGGGACGGAUGCCUCCCAAUCAAAUGGGGGCGCGUCCCUACGGCCCGAACAUGGGUCCCAAUAUGGGCCCCAACAUUGGUCCAAACAUGCCUCCUAACAUGGGCAACAUGCCACCUCAGGUAGGCUCAGGAAUGUGCCCUCCUCCAGGAAUGAACAGAAAGCCCCAGGACCCCACCGCCAUGCAACACCCUGCCACUAACUCCAUGCACAACAGGAUGCCUGGUUACCCCAACAUGUCUCCAGGAAUGAUGGGCUCCGGUCCCCCGUAUGGCCCGCCAAUGAACAACAUGCCUGGAAUGAUGAACACUCCGGGAGGAUCCCCUUAUCCAAUGGGGCCAAACAUGGCCAAUAACACAAGUGGCAUGGCCUCUAGUCCAGAGAUGAACAACAAGAUGAAUAACAAAGUAGAUGGGCCUCCAACGCCUAAGCCAGAGCCCAAAUCUAAGAAGUCCAACUCUUCCACCACAACCAACGAAAAGAUAACACGCCUGUAUGAGUUGGGACCAGAGCCAGACCGGAAAAUGUGGGUGGACCAUUAUUUGGCCUUCAUUGAAGAGAAAGCAAUGGGCAUGACCAACCUGCCGGCUGUGGGACGCAAACCCCUCGACCUCUUUAGGCUGUACAUAUCAGUCAAAGAGAUCGGAGGCAUGACGCAGGUAAAUAAGAAUAAGAAGUGGCGUGAUCUGGCCACUUCCCUGAAUGUGGGCACAUCCAGCAGCGCUGCCAGUUCUUUGAAGAAACAGUACAUCCAGUGUCUGUACGCCUUUGAGUGCAAAGUUGAGCGCGGUGAAGACCCUCCUCCUGAGAUUUUUACAGACAACAAAAAGAACCAGCCUGCUAAGGUCCAGCCGCCCUCUCCAGCGUCCCUCUGCUCCACAGCUGGGUCAGGCUCUCUGCAGGGUCCUCAGACACCCCAGUCCACCAGCAGCUCCAUGGCUGAGGGGGGAGACCUUAAACCUCCCACGCCGGCCUCUACCCCUCAUACUCAAAUGCCCCCCAUGCCACCCGGCUCCAGGAGCAGCGUUAGCCUGCAGGACCCCUUCUCUGAAGGAAGCGACCCUGCUUUCCCCAGGAAGAACAUGACGCCCAACUCCACCUUUCAGCCUGGCAUGAACACACCAGACAUGCAAGGUCGCAUGGGCCCCUACGAACCCAACAAAGACCCCUUCGGUAACAUGCGCAAAGUCGGGGAGCAGUUCCUACCUGCUAGCCAGGGCCCUACCAGCGGGGUAGGUGACCAGCCGCAGCCGCCACAGCAGCAGCAGCAGCAGCAGCAGCAGCCGCCGCAGCCGCCGCAGCAGCAGCCACCACAACAACAACAACAACAACCGCAGCAGCAGCAGCAGCAGCAGCAGCAACAACCACAACAGCCUCCAUUCAACAGAGGACCGCCUGGGGCCAUGGGCUCCAUGCCAAUGGGGCCCCGGCAGCAGUAUCCGUAUGGACCAGGCUACGACAGGAGAUCGGAGCAAGGAAUGGGCCCAGAGGGCAACAUGGGAUCCGGUGCUCCCCAGCCAAACCCUAUGAUGCCUGCCAACGCCGACGCAGGGAUGUAUUCGCCAAAUCGCUUCCCACAGCAGCCACGGCAUGAUUCCUAUGGUAAUCAGUAUCCUGGACAGGGAACGCCCCCUACUGGCUCUUACCCAAACCAGCAGCCUGGAAUGUACCCACAGCAGAGUUACAAGCGUCCCGUGGAAGGUGGUUACCCUCCAUCAAAACGUCAUGAGGCGGAGUACAGUGGGCCUUUCCCCGGUGGGCAACAAGCACCACAGCAACAGCAAGGAGGUGCCUCUGCACCCUCUUCAGGACAGCAGGAGCCGUACAAUCAGUACAGUGGCAGCGGGCCCUAUCCUGGCUCUGACCGCCGCCCUCCCGGCCCCGGCAAUCAGUUCCCUUUUCCCUUCGGUCGUGAACGGUUGCAGGGAGCCACGGGACCCAACGCUCAGCCUAACAUGCCCCCGCAGAUGAUGCAAUCAGGUCCAGAGGGUCCUCAGGGAGGCAUGUGGCAGGGGCCUCGAGACAUGAACUAUCAGAACUACCCCAGCCGACAGGGUGGCCCUGGGGGCCCACCCCAGGGACCAGGAUACCCUGGGAUGAACCGCUCAGAGGAUAUGAUGUCAUCAGAACAGCGCAUGAAUCACGACGGCCAGUGGGGGGGUCAGAUGGGGCCUCGGCAGCCUCCCUACGGUCCCGUCGGGCCCGGUCAGCCUAUGCCUCGUUCAGUACAGUCCAACUACCAGCCCCCUCAGGGUGUGCAGAACCACAUUCCACAGGUGUCCAGCCCGGCCUCCAUGCCGCGCUCCAUGGAGAGCAGGACAUCCCCCAGCAAAUCUCCCUACAUGCACGGAGUAAUGAAGAUGCAAAAGGCUGGCCCUCCAGUGCCUGCGUCUCACAUAGUGCCACCUCCGGUGCAGUCGCCUCUAAUAAGGCGAGACAUGCCUUUUCCCCCGGGCUCUACAGAAGCUACCCACCCUGUCCUGAAACCGCGUCGGAGACUCACAGUGAAAGAUAUCGGAACCCCGGAGGCUUGGAGAGUCAUGAUGUCAUUAAAGUCGGGUUUAUUGGCUGAAAGUACAUGGGCCUUAGACACCAUCAACAUUCUCCUGUAUGAUGACAACAGUAUUUCCACCUUCGAUCUCAACACGUUGCCUGGCCUACUAGAGUUGGUGGUUGAGUAUUUCCGACGCUGCCUCAUUGAAAUCUUUGGCAUUCUACGGGAGUAUGAAGUCGGGGACCCCGGCCAGAGGACACUACUUGAUCCUGAUGCCUUGAAACGAGACUGGGACAGCGCGGAGGAAGAGGAAGCGCGGGUUGAGGAUAUGGAACAAGACGAAGAGGACGAUGAAGACGAGGAGGAGGUGGGGGAACGAGAUGCGGAGGGGCCGGCUCCGGUGAAAGAGGAGGAAGAUCAAGAGCAAUGCUCUCGGGGACGAGAUGAGAAGACGGAACAAGAGGAGAGAAAGACCAAGGUUCCGUCGUCUGAACAGGCGGGUUCGUUGCAGGCCUUACCCGCCCACGAGAGACCCAAACAGUCCAGCAAGUUCGACAAGUUUCCCCUGAAGGUGGUACGAAAGAAAGACCCAUUCAUGGCUUCCCAGUCUAAUAAUCACGGCAAACUGCAAGAGUUUGACAGUGGGUUAAUCCAUUGGAGUGCUGGAGGGGGAGACUCGACAGAACACAUUCAGACACACUUUGAACCACGUAAAGACUUCUUGGAACCACGGGAACGAAUACUAGUGCCCCAAGUUUUACUGAAGAGACGACUUCUGGAAGAAGAAAUACAGGAAAAUUGUUUGCCCAUGGAGGAGGAGAAAAGGAAGCCUCAGGAUGAAGAAGAGGAGGAAGAAAAGUCAAAGGAGACGUCUUUCUCAGAUAAAGCAGCCAUCUCAGAGUCCAGCUCUUCGCCUGACGGUGAGAAGAAAACUGAUUCUGAAACGAAGGCGGUUGAGAAAAGUCCUGAAUGUCACCAGGAGAACAAUAGGCCCAUUCCUUCCUGUGGCAGCAUUUUAACCAAGCAGUCCGGCACCAUCCUGGAGGAUGAGCCCCACAGUAAAGACGAGGGGCCCCUCAUCGCACUGGCUAACUGGCAGGAUUCUUUAGCCCGACGCUGCGUUUGCAUCUCCAACAUCGUCCGCAGCCUCUCCUUUGUUCCAGGAAACGACCACGAGAUGUCCAAACAUCCAGGGCUGCUCCUGCUGCUGGGGCGCCUGAUCCUCCUCCACCACCGGCACCCUGAGCGCAAACAGGCACCGCUCACCUACGAGAAGGAUGAGGAUUCAGAAGAAGGAUUUGGCCAAAGGGAUGAAUGGUGGUGGGACUGCUUGGAGCUCCUGAGGGAGAACACAUUGGUCACUUUGGCAAACAUUUCAGGCCAACUGGACCUCUCCAUCUACCCCGAGAGCAUCUGCUUGCCUCUGCUGGACGGUCUUCUACAUUGGGCCGUCUGCCCUUCAGCGGAGGCGCAGGACCCCUUCCCGACCCUGGGCCCCCACAGUGCUUUGUCACCUCAGAGACUGGUCCUUGAGACGCUAAGCAAACUAAGCAUCCAAGACAACAACGUGGACCUCAUCUUGGCCACUCCGCCCUUCAGUCGGUUGGAGAAGCUCUACGGGAACCUGGUGCGACUAAUCGGAGACAGGAAGGUUGCAGUCUGCAGGGAGAUGGCUGUGGUUCUAUUGGCCAACCUGGCCCAGGGCGAUACUAUGGCGGCCCGAGCGAUCGCUGUCCAGAAGGGCAGCGUGGGCACCUUGCUGGGUUUCCUGGAGGACAGUCUGGCUGCCACACAGCUCCAGCAGAGCCAGAGCUCUCUACUACACCUACAGGGGAUGCACUUCGAGCCCACAAGCCCGGACAUGAUGCGGCGAGCUGCCCGGGCUCUGCACGCCUUAGCUAAGGUGGAGGAGAACCACUCAGAGUUCACACUACACGAGUCCCGACUCCUCGACCUUUCAGUGUCUCCUCUAAUGAACUCGCUGGUUUCUCAUGUUAUCUGUGAUGUACUCUUUUUGAUCGGCCAGUCAUGACAGCUGUAGGGAGCCGUGGCUCCACUUUUUGGGGGUUUUUAUCCCAAAAAAUCCCCUCCUCCCUGGUAUCCUGGCUUGUGUGUGUAACAGGGCAAGGAAAGUUCAAGUGACUGUGUUUAAUUUAUGAAAAUCCCUCAGAUUCCAUUCUCUGUGCCCUCCCCUGGCUGUCCUCGCUCGAGGAGGGUAAUCACAGGGUUGUGGUGGAUUACAAACCAGAGAGAAACCGACAAAGUGACACUACUUGCAACAUGAAUGCCAACUGGAUGACACAGAGCAGAGCGCCACGGUUGGGAGAAUGUUCUGCACUUGGGGGGAAAAAGUACUUUUUAAUAAAGAUAAAUAAAUGGAUAAAUAAAUAAAUAGCUGAAAAACAAAAACUGUAACCAAAGUUGCUGUCUCGUUUACAGUGAGUUUGGGAGACACAGUGUGCCCUAGCUCUCCCCACGAGGGCACGAUGAGUCUGUAACUGGUUGACGUUCAGAGGUGAAGCAGACUGACAAGUGGCCUACUGGUUCUAGUUGCUGUAGUUGGAUUCUCACCAGUCAGCCCCGACAGACCGAGCGCUGUCAAUAGACACCUUCACCAGGGAGGCCUGUGCAGUGUGCAGUAGAUUGUAGGACAUUUUCUGUACCGUACUGCUCUUGAGUGUAAGCAUUCUGUAACACACGUUUCACACAGAAGCUGACGAUGCAGCUCCUCUAGAGUUUUGAGGUCAUUUUAGUUUGAUGUUGAACAGAAAAUGGCUUUCUUCCCCAAAGUAUCAAGAACCUACAACACCCUUACCUCCUCUUAUCCCUUGAUUGUAUGAAUACCCUUAUUGAAAAGAAAUCACCUCUUAGGACUGGUUUUCAACUUCAAAUACAGCUUUGCUGUGGUGUAUAUAUAAUGUUGUACAUUAUACUUCCUUUCUCUGUGUCUGUCUCUGUCUGUGUCACUAUUCUCACACUGGUUAUUGGUGCGGGACGGAGGCCGACGUGAGCUUGGUCCGUGACCUCCAGUCCUCGCUGAUUAGACCCACUCCUCUGGUCUCUCCACAGCUCUGUAGUAUGGCAGACACGACUCGAACCUGUUCUCUCCUGGUACAACAAAAAUAAACUAGAUGAAGUACACAUUUGACAAAUUUUCUCCGGUCAUGGAUUCUGCAUAUUUGUAUUUCAGACUAUGUAGCUAAGACAACAUGUAAAUUCCUCCCUUUCCCUUUUUUGGCUCAAUGAAUAUCAUUUAUUCAGUAUGAAAUCUUUAUACUAUAUGUUCCACGUGGUAAGAAUAAAUGUACAUUAAAUCUUCGUAAGCUGUU